AUGGAGACUUUUAAUAAUUUCUAUGUUCUAUAUCCUGUAUACUUUGAUGCAAAUAAAAAAAUUUCAGAAGGACGGAAAUAUCAUAAAAAUUUAUGCGUCUCUUCACCUACUUUUUUAGAAAUUACUAAUGCGCUUAAGUAUUUAGAAAUUGAUUGUACAGCAGAAAUAGAUAAAAGACAUCCUAGGGAUUAUUUUAGAAGUGGCAGAUUUAAAAUUAACAAAAUGUAUGGCAAGAAAAAUUUGAUAGAAGGACUUAGAGAUACUAUCAUUAAAAGCAGAAUAAAAAAUUCUUCUGUAAAACCUGUCCAACGCAUGUCGACAGAAAAAGUACCAGAAUUCAUUACCACAAAAAAAGGAGAAAUUAUUGAAAAUAAGUUAAACUUGGUGGCGAGGAAGAAAAAUAAACAAAAGAAAAGUAAAAAAAAUAAAUAA